UUUGAGCUCUGUUAGAAAUUAGCUAGGAGUCAAUAAAAGUACUGUGGCAUUUCCUCUGCGUGGCUGUUUUUAGAAGCGUCACUUGAAGAACACUAAAUGCUGAAAAUAUGGUUUAUCCUUGUGCUUGUCUUCGGUACUGCAUUUCUUCAGGAUUCCUGGGAGUCUUACGAAACAUCAUCCAUGUCAGAAGAGGAUUUCGAUGAUUUCGAUAUCGAUGAAGCUAAAGAAUAUUUCUGCAGCUAUCUGAGUGGCAUGUUUUAUGACUGCACUACAAAAUGGAGCUAUCUUAACAUGAGCUACUUCCUUCCUUGCGCUGCAGAAGCUGGCCUGAGAUCAACUAGUGUCAAAGAAGCCUUGGAAGAUGCAUGCAAUCCUAACACGAGCACUUCCGUGGGUAGAAAGCUGGCUAAUUGCAGGGUGCGAGUAUCAGCAGAAUUUCUGAAGAAGAAUAGCACUGUUCUGCACAGAACUGUACUGACACCAAAUGAAAUAGAAGAAUUUGACAAGUAUUGUUUUGCUUUUGUGGAAAGGCUCAAAGACGAAGGCUGGCUCAAAUAUUUCUUAGGACCUUCUCUGGACUGAAUUAAAAGGGCAAUUUUGUAUUUCCGCCUGAAAACUGAACAGAAAUUUGAGACAAAUUUACUAAAUAGGAAAGGGAGGAUUUUCUUUCUCCUUAUCUUUUCAAUGUAAGCACAAGAAUGUCCAAAACUAUGUCAUUUACAAAGCUUCAUUAAAGUUAUUCAGCGUUAUUAAAGUUCCAUUAAUACUGCCUCCUCAAAACGUUUAUU